AUGGCUCGAAAUAGUGAAAAAGCUAUGACCACACUGGCACGAUGGCGGGCUGCACAAAUGGGACUCAAUCGAGAAAAGGAGCGCCGUCCUUACUUGUCUUCAGAAUGUGAUGAUCUACCUAAAGCAGAAAAAUGGCGACGACAAAUUAUUGGUGAAAUAUCUCGAAAAGUUGCACAAAUUCAGAAUGCUGGAUUGGGAGAAUUUAAACUCAGAGAUUUAAAUGAUGAAAUCAACAAAUUGCUCAGAGAGAAAGGUCAUUGGGAAGACCGUAUCAAAGAACUUGGUGGUCCUGAUUAUAAGCGUGUUGGUCCAAAAAUGUUAGAUCAUGAAGGAAAAGAAGUUCCAGGAAACAGAGGUUAUAAGUAUUUUGGUGCUGCCAAAGAACUACCUGGGGUAAGAGAACUCUUUGAACAAGAGCCUCCUUCUCAACCUCAAAAGACUCGAGCAGAUCUUAUGAAAGACAUAGAUGCAGAGUACUAUGGUUAUCGAGAUGAUGAUGAUGGCGUUCUUAUCCCGCUUGAACGUGAACAAGAAAAAAUUGCCAUUUCCAGAAAGAUAGAAGAAUGGAAAGAUUGCAAAGAGGCCAUUUUACGGGGUGAUGUUGUAGAGGACAUCAAGAAUGAUGAAGAAGGUGACAUCUACGCUGUUGAGGAAGCAUCUGAUUCUGAUACAGAAAUUGAAAGUGGAGGUGUAGAUAAAGAAAAUCAACAUUUCAUCGCUCAUGUACCUGUUCCAUCACAACAAGAGAUAGAAGAAGCAUUGGUACAACGGAAAAAAUUGGAGCUACUUGAAAAAUAUGCCAGUGUCUCAUUACAAGAAGAAGAAACAGAAGUUAAACAAAUGUUAGGAAUGUGA